GAGACAUCUAGCUGAGCUCUGUCACAUGCAGAUCUAAAGGCCUUCAAUAUAGUAGCAGAGUUAGGGAUCAGCUGCAUUAGCGGAACGGGGAAAGGAAAGGUUUAAGAGUGGUGGUUUCUUUGCGCGUUCAGCGGCACGUGGUUUUAUGAUGCUAACUUAGCUAACCACCAAUAGAUAGAGCGGCACAGAGAUAGAGAAACAAAAAAAAACACACGAAGAGAGCGAGAGAUAGAGUGCUGGCAGCAGAAGUUUGCAAGAAGUUUUGUUUUAGAUAAGUGCACUUAUUAAUCGUAAAACGUAUGAAAUGUCUCGUCUCUUGUUUGCUAAUGGAGCGCAACAGGUACGGUAAAGCGUACGAACACCGAUAAGGGAAGGAGUAGCGGUCGGAGGGGGGGGGGGGGGGCUGGUUAUUUGGUUUGGAAAAAAUAAGAAAAGAUAGUCCAUCAGCCAGAAACGAAGGUGAGACUGAGUAAGCUCUGACCCCUUUGUCUGAAGAGGAACGGCUCCAGUCUCAAGAAUGUGUAGGAUAGGAAGCUGUUAAUAGCAUUACAAUACAAGCCGAUAAUGCAAGUACGGACUCACAGCAACGGGGGCAUCAUGGGGGCGGCGGAGUCUUAUGAUUGUAUGUUGUAUGUAUGAGAGUGUGCGUAUGAGUGCGUAUGUGUGUCCUGCGUGAAUGAUGUAGCGAUAGAGUUUCGUUUGGCUGCGCGCGAUCCCCGAGCCUUUAGGCGAUAUACUGAACUGUUAUGCGGAACAGGGUCCAGGGAACUACGUACGGCUAUCCUGCUAAGAAAGGAUGGCGCAUGGGGCUGUGGGCUGUUCCGCUUACCGUAGUAGUAGUUAUAACUAGAAUACGAAUCAAUCUAUGUUUGUUUUUCUUUCUCUACUCUCUGCUUCGAUACCACUUUUUUCUUUGGUUGAUGUUUUGCUUUCUUUCCGUUGAAAUUCAUCCUAAAAUAAGACAAAAUUCAGACAUAAUAAGAGGUGAUAAGAGCCAUCGGGAAGCGCGAACGGAUAGCGACGAGAGCAACGACGAGAGAGUGCAUGCUAUAGAACAUCAAGGAAUGGGGCGUAACGUGCUUAGGAGUAGGAUGUGGUAAUAGUAGUAGUAAUAGUAGUAGUAGUACGAAGCAACAAAAAAGCUAACUGGUAGGGUAACACAUUAUUGUAGGGUUUCAAAUUGAGCGAUGGUGGUAGCAAAGAAGAUGUGGUAUUUCUUUGCACAUUGACAUCCAUUGGUCGCAUCAGCUGGUCGCUAGGAAACGCUGAGAGUACCUUUGGUUUCCUUUGGUCUCAGUGACCCUUCCUCACUUUCCCAUUAAAAAAAGGGGGGAAAAGGCGAGCUCUACCGUGGAUCGCUUGGCGGAGCACAGCGGAGAUAUUAACGGUGCGGUGUGCGGUCCCUCGUGUUUAGUCAUUGUUUCAGUUUUGUUUUGUUGCGAGAAUGCAUAAAGCAGCACGGAGAUUGUUUUUGUUCAGACGCUCCUAAUGGCUUUUUACCGUUUAAUCCGUGUGUUAAGAUAUUCUAGCUAGGCGUUUAGUUUUCCAAUCCUAACUUUUGGCCUUUGUCGCCCCCAGCUCAGUGCGUGCGCGCAUUUCAUCGUUCAAAAGAUGUAUACGCAAAGCGAAUACGUUUUAAGGUGUCUCUCAAUGCAGAAGCUCUUUGAUUACUGAACCAACAAUUAUCGUUUGUUUGUCCCUGUGUGUUGGUGUGAUUGUGUGUAUGAAUGCCGCGUAUGUGGAACCAGGGAGCGAGGAGCACGCCACCAACAGCAUCAUUUUGCUUUCUCAAGUAAAAUAUUCGAACUGUGGCGACGGUUUUUGGGUUCAUUGUUUCACACAGUCAGAGGCAGACGACUGCUAAUCUUCCUAACCAUAUAAUUCUAUCAUUAUUUAUGCAUUAUUCUAUUAAUCUUGUUUUUUUUUCUGCUUUCGUUAUGCAUUAUGAUGGAGAGUGUGAGAGCGAUAGAAGCGUGGUUGGGAGUGCGAGUGGGUUUGGUUUGUUUUUAAUUUUUCCAAAAGUAAACCAUUCAAUUUUAGGAAGGCUAGAACGGGGGAAAGAUUUAGUAGAUCAUUAAUAAUAUUGCGCUAAAACGAAUGGGGGAAAAUCGAAGAACAAGACGAUGGCUCCAAUCAGUCAGAAAGGGAUCGGAGACUUGGAGUGCUUAAGAUGGAGUGCAGCAGAGUUCAGCGGCAGUACCAUAACUACCUUCAAAGAAUGGUGGUUUGGUUAUUACGUUUCGGACACGCAAACCCAAGGAACGGUGUGUAGUGUUAAUGGUGAUGGUUUGAAUGUUUGGAUUUUCGGUCUUUUUUCCGUUUCGGCUGUUGUGGCUGUCUUUGGACCUUUUUUUUUCGUUUAUGUUUCUCGGCAAGACAAACAAAGUUAUGAAAUUGGAAAUAACAACGUGAAAAAAGUAAGGAUAAUAAACCGCGCGAAUACUGUCGCGCGUUUCUAACUGCAUGUUUCGUUAUACAGACUGAUAGGAAGAUGAAUAAAUAUAUAUAUAUAUUAAUGAUAAUUCGGUUCAAAUGCAAAAUAAUAAACGAUCGAAGUGAUGAAUAUUUGAACUGUAACACAACGGGGAACCAAAAGAAUCGAAAAAGAACCUAAAAAUAAACAAAGAAACGCAGACGAACGCCGCAGAGAUCCAUAGGCAAAACUAUACAUUCGAAUAAAAGCAACAGCAAAAUGGCAUAGCAAAAGAAAAAAAAAACAGCGCGCUGUAACUGUGAAUUAAGCGUAUAAGGCGUACCGUAAAACACCGUGACGAAAACGAAAACCAACAUAACAAACAGUAAUAGUGAAACCAAUAUAGAAAAAAAAUGAAGAAGAAAUGUACUACACUACCAGAGUCGCCUCCCCGUGUGAGUAGGAUUAUCAAAUGAAAAAGUAAACCGGAAGCAUCAGGAGUCAUACGACGUAACCACAGUAACGGAUCGUAGGAAUCCGCAUAUGUGCCCGUGCAUGAUUGAAGGACACACAGAGAGAAAGAAAGAGAGAGAGCAGUAGGACUGGGUAAUGAAUGGGGAUAACAUGCAAAGUAUUCCCUCUUGUUCAUCAGGGAAAAGUACCACAACACUAAUGAUGAUCAGCAUGAGCAUGGAGGUGUGGGGACUUGACUUUUAGGAUAUGAAAUUCUGCUUCACAACAGCCAGUGUGUAGCAAAGCGCGCGCGAGAGAGAGAGAGAGAGAGAGAGAGAGAGGGGGAGAGUGCGCGAAAGAGAGAGAGGGAGAGAUAGCCAGUGAAAAAGAUGAUGGAUGGCAGCGAGCCGAGCCACCCACAUACACAAUACACAAGUAAACAACAAAGAGAAGAAAAAAAAACAAAACAAAACAAAACAACAUACAUUAUAUAUAUUAUAUAGAAAUGCCGUUAUCCCAUUGAUCAUCCUUCCUCUCAUCACACCCUGUGCGGGCGUGUGUAUGUGCGUAUGUGCGUAGGCGGUAGCGAUAGCGGAGCAAAACAGGUGUGUCAGGCCGAACCGUCGUUACAAUAAGAAGAUGGCACGACGUGGUGUAGUCUGUGCGCUCAACACUCAAGAUCGAAGAUCGGGGGGGAAUGUACACGCGUAACAAAAUCACGUUAACGUCACGAGCGUACGUUAGGAAGGUUUUGUUUUCCUUUACAGAGAAACACAAAGAUCAUCUUACACAUUAGUCGAUCAUCGAUGCGAACGGCGCGGCACCGGGUGUCUGUACCGCGAUUAGGCAAGAAGCGGAAACGCAGCAGUGAUGUGGGAGAGGGGAGUCAGUCAGUGCGCAGACGAUGAAGACGAUGUUGAUUAAGUCUUUGCAGGGAUAAAACUAACAAAAAAAAACACACAGAGCAGAGCCACACGCAGGAGUGGGGAGGGGGGAGACAAGGACACCACAUACACAUGCAUCGCGAAAAUAUGAUGCUGUACGGCAUGGCAAAAAAGAAGAAAAAAAAAAGAACUAUUAAUAUAAAAAUAGUAUGUUAUAAAAAAGAGCAGAUGAAAACCGAA